GCUUAUGAACCGCGGAGGAGGUUGAACCGUAGGUUACGAAUAAAAUUUGUGCAUACAUUUGAAACAUGGGUUUUGUGAAAGUUGUUAAGAACAAGCAGUACUUCAAGAGGUUCCAAGUUAAAUUCAAGAGGCGUAGGCAAGGAAAAACUGACUACUAUGCUCGUAAACGAUUGAUUGUUCAAGACAAGAACAAGUACAACACUCCUAAGUACCGUCUGAUUGUACGUAUUUCCAACAGGGACAUUACUUGUCAAAUUGCUUACUCUCGUAUUGAAGGAGACAAGAUUGUAUGUGCUGCUUACUCCCAUGAAUUGCCAAAAUAUGGAAUUAAAACUGGUCUUACCAACUAUGCUGCUGCCUAUGCUACUGGUUUACUGUUAGCAAGGAGGCUCUUAAAAAAAUUGGGACUUGACAAUUUAUACAGUGGUACCACUGAUGUUACUGGGGAUGAAUACAAUGUGGAAGCUGCUGAGCAAGGACCAGGAGCAUUCAGGUGUUACUUAGAUACAGGUUUAAACCGUACAAGUACUGGUGCCCGUGUCUUUGGAGCAAUGAAAGGAGCUGUUGAUGGAGGCUUAAACAUUCCCCACUCUACAAAAAGAUUCCCUGGUUUUGACAGUGAAUCAAAAAGCUUCAACGCUGAGGUCCACAGAAAUCACAUUUUUGGCGUCCAUGUUGCUGAUUAUAUGAAAUCACUGGAGGAGGAAGAUCCAGAAGCAUUCAAGAGGCAAUUCAGUCAGUACAUUAAGUUGGGAAUUAAUGCUGACCAGGUUGAAAAUAUGUACAAGAAUGCCCAUGCUGCUAUUCGUGCAAAUCCAGAAUUAGAAAAGAAAGCAGAAAAGGCUCCUGCACCAGCGAAGAGAUGGAACCGUAGGAAGCUUACUUUGGCUGAACGCAAGGACCGUGUUGCACAGAAAAAGAAGUCCUACAUUGCCAAACUCCAAGAUCAAGAAUCUUAAAAUGUUGUUAAAUUUGAUAUUGUGUAAUU